AUGACUGGUCAUGUGAUCGGUCUCAACCUUGGUUCGGGUGGGCUUCAAGGCAAUAUCCAUUCCAAUAGCAGCUUAUUCUCUCUCGGCCAUCUCAAGUGGCUAGACCUCUCUUCUAAUGAUUUCAGAGGUUCCCCAAUUCCGUCCAAAUUUGGUGGCUUUGUAAGUAUGACUCACCUUGACCUCUCUUACUCCAAUUUCAGUGGCCCAAUCCCUUCCGAAAUUUCCCACCUUUCCACCUUGGUUUCACUCAAUCUCUCCCAAGCUACUGUGACCCUAGAUACUCUUAGCUUGAACAGAAUUGUUCAAAACCUGACCAAUCUUAGGGAGCUUUAUUUGGCCUCUGUUGAUAUGUCAUCAGUUGUACCUGAUUCCUUCAAAAAUUUGUCUUCUUCUUUGGAAACUCUUGAACUCUCUGAUUGCCACUUGCGAGGAAAAUUCCCAGAAAGCGUUUUCCACCAACCAAAUCUUCGACUCCUAGAUUUAGGCUACAACUAUAACCUCACAGGUUAUUUCCCCGAGUCUAACUGGAGUAGUCCGCUCGAGAUGUUGGAUCUCUCUCAGACAAGAAUCUCAGUAGAUUGGCAUCACCUGACAAGAAAUUUCAAGUCUUUGAGAGAUUUGUCUCUCCGCAAUUGCAGUUUUGUAGGAUCAUAUCUUGCAUUUCUUGGUAACCUCACACAAAUCAUGCGGUUGGACCUCUCGUCUAACAGUUUUGGUGGCCAAAUCCCAUGGUCGUUCUUUUUAAACCUUGAGAGCCUUGUUUCCUUAAAUCUCGGUGGCAAUAACUAUGUCGGUCAGUUUCCAGAAAUGUAUAGCAACUCGACAUCGAACUCUUCUUUAUAUGAUUUUUCAAAACAACAACUGGUGGGUCCUAUUCCACGACACUUAACCACCCUCUUUUUAGAUGGGAACCAACUCAACGGAACAAUACCAUCUUGGUUAGGUAGUUUGCCAUCAUUGGAGGUGUUAUACCUCAAAAGUAACCAACUCAGCGGUAAUAUCAUUGAGUUCCAAUCUCGUUUUUUGUCAGUUCUUGAUUUAAGUGAUAACAAGCUGGAUGGCCUGAUUCCAAGAUCAAUCUUUGAACUUGAGAAUCUUAAGUACCUUGUUCUAUCAUUCAAUAACUUGAGUGGCACUUUGGAUCUUUCUCACAACUCUUUGACUGGCACUGUAGGACCGCUUCGGUGGAAAAAUCUCCAGUAUCUUGACCUUCGCAACAAUUCUCUCCAAGGAGAGCUUCCAAUUCCAUCACCUUCCACAUCUUACUUUUCCAUAUCGAAUAAUCAAUUCACUGGAGAGAUACCUCCAAUGAUCUGCAGCCUGAAUAGCCUUCAAAUUCUUGAUUUGUCUAAUAAUAAAUUGAGUGGCAAAAUUCAUCAAUGCAUAGGGAAUUUCAGUCAGAACCUCCUUGUUUUGAAGCUACAUAAUAAUAAAUUUCAUGGCGUGAUUCCUGGGACAUUUUCUGAGGGAAAUGUUUUGAGAAAUCUUGAUCUAAAUGGAAAUCAGUUGGAAGGGUCGUUGCCACCAUCUUUGCUCACAUGUAGAGAGUUGGAAGUUCUAGACCUUGGAAACAACAAAAUUCAAGAUACAUUCCCAAAUUGGCUGGAAUCUCUACCGAAGUUGCAGGUUCUUAUCUUGAGGUCUAACAAAUUCUAUGGUGAAAUAGGCAUUCCAGAAACUAAGUUUCCAUUCCAAAAAUUGCGUAUCAUGGACCUCUCCUACAAUCAGUUUAGCGGCCUAUUGCCAACAAAAUAUUUUGAACAUUUGACGGCCAUGAUAAACUUGCAAGAACAUGAACUGAAAUAUAUGGGAGAGGACUACAUUUGGGUUACUGUGAGAGUGACAAUUAAGGGCUGCGAAAUUGAAAUGGCGAAGAUUCAAACUUUCUUCACAACUAUUGAUUUCUCAAACAACGCUUUCAGAGGAGAGAUUUCAAACGUGAUUGGUAACCUUAAAUCACUGAAGGGGCUUAACUUUUCUCAUAAUGAGCUUACAGGUACAAUUCCACCAUCAUUUGGCGAUAUGUGCAAUCUUGAAUGGUUAGAUCUGUCUUCAAACAGACUUGUUGGUAAAAUUCCUGAGCAAUUGGUAAAUUUGACAUCACUUGAAAUGUUCAACGUUUCAAAAAAUCGACUUGUGGGGCCCAUACCUCAGGGUAAGCAAUUUGAUACAUUUGAAAAUAAUUCAUACAGUGGAAAUGUAGGAUUGUGUGGAAUUCCACUAGCAAAAACAUGUGGUCCACAUCAAUCACCACCACAAGAUGGUGAUUUGGAGCACGAGAAUGGAUUUGAUUGGAAGGUAGUGUUGAUGGGGUAUGCAUCUGGGUUGGUAAUUGGAAUAUCUGUGGGAUAUCUUGUACUCUCUAACAGAACACCCGAUUGGCUUGUGAAAGUGGCCAGCAUAAAGUGA